AUGUCUUCCGACGCUAAGAUUGUUGAGCUUCCUAACGAGACCGAGAACCAGCCCAUCGAGGAGGGUGCCACUGUGAACGUCAUCUCGCGCAACGAGAAGAAGGCCCGCAAGCUGCUUAAGGGCACCGGCAUCAAGAAGGUCGAGGGUGUCAACCGGGUUGUUCUGCGUCGCCGCGGCGGUUCUUCUUUCGUCAUUAGCAACCCUGAGGUCUACCGCACCCCCAACGGCUCUUACAUUGUCUUUGGCACUGCUCAGGUCCACCAGCAGGACUUUGCUCAGCAGCUCGCUCAGCUCGGCGGCCAGGCCGCUGCCGGUGCUGCUGGCGCCGACGACAAGUCUCCUGAGGCCAUCAACGCUGACCUCGAGGCUGCUGUUUCCAAAAUGCACGUCAACGGAGAGCCUGAGGAGGAGGACGACGCCGAGGUCGAUGUUACCGGUCUCGACGAGGAGAAGCUCACCUUGGUUAUGGAGCAAGCCAACGUUUCCAAGGCUAAGGCUGCCAAGGCUCUCCGUGAGAACAACGGCGAUCUCGUCAACUCGCUUAUGGCUCUCACCAGCUAA